AUGGAGGUCAGGGCCGCUCUUACACGCCUUCAGCCAUCUCCAUCGGACCAACACCCACCGGUGCAGCAGCAGCAGCAGCAGCAGCAGCAGCAGCAGCAGCAGCAGCAGCAGCAGCAGCAGCAGCAGCAGCAGCAGCAGCAGCAGCAGCAGCAGCAGCAGCAGCAGCAGCAGCAGCAGCAGCAGCAGCAGCAGCAGCAGCAGCAGCACCAGCAGCAGCAGCAGCACCACCACCAACAGCGCCGUCAACAGCAGCAACACGAGCACCAACAGGCUCUCGUCCUCCCUCCAGACAUCUUCACCGGUCUGCACCGCUCUCUCUGCUCGCUGCACCUCUCCUCCUCCUCCCUGCCUCUCGUGCCCCCACCCUCCCUGCACGCCCUCUCGCACCUGACAUCCCUCGCUCUCCACUCACCAGUGCUCACCGCCUGUCCUCCCCUUGUUGCUGCUGCUGGGGGUGGAAAUGGAGGCAUUGAAACGGGGCGUCUUGGUAGGGCUGGUGCUGGUGCUGGUGCUGGUGCUGGUGCUGGUGCGGCAGUGUCUGUUGGAACCGGCGUUUCCAUUGGUCGUAAUGUGCUCAUUGGUAGCAGACGGACGAAUGGGGACGACAAUGACCAAGAAAACAGAAAUAAUUUCCCUACCUUCCACCAUUCUCUCCACUCCCUCCUCUCCGCCUUCCCCCACCUCACCAACAUCUCUCUCCAUGCCUGUUCUUCCGUGCCUCCUGCUCUCCUCCCCCUUGCCCCUCACCUCACCACCCUUCACCUCCCCCUCACCUCCUCAGACCCAGAUCAGGUCAUCCCUCACUUAUCCUCGCUAUUGACUCUCUCACUAGGAGCUCUUGCAGUGCUACAGGACCGCUCCCCUUUCCCGCCCUCAUUACACUCCCUCUCCAUCUGCUAUACACAAUUACCCUCUGCUGUAUCUGCAACACUUACUAACACUUAUGGUAACAACCGCCCUACUCUCUACUUCCCCGCUACACGUUCCUCCUUCCCUUACUCCUCGUCCACUCCACCCUCCCCCUUGAUACUCCUCUCUCUCCAUACCUGGCACCUGCCAAACCUCCGCCGUCUCAGCAUGGAGGGCGUUGCCUUGGCUCGGCACAUCCCUGACCAUGUCUGCCUCUUCCCGAGCCUCCGCGUCCUGAAGCUUCAGAGGAUGGACGGGCCGAAUCGCUUAGGAGCCGAAGUGCCGAAGCUGUUAGGGGAGGAGGUUCAGAGGUUGACUGGGUCAGAAGCGGCCCGCGAGCAUGCUUGUGACCUGCAGCUGAAGCAGCGUCUUCUGAAUCUGUCCGCCUUCCAGACCCUUCUGCGCACCUAUGCUGCAUGCCACAAGAUAGGAGCGUCUCCUGAGUUACUGGCAGCCGUUGAUGGGUUUGAUCCUGUGGCUGCGCUUCAGCUGAAAUACGCCAACAGUACCUAUCAGCUGAAACGAGGCUGUGCUGAUGGGUGCGAGACGGGCAGCAACUGUGAGGCCCCGACCCAACCAGUCAGUGGGGACGCAAGGUCAAUGGCACCUAUCAAUGAAUCAGUGGGCGCCGAUGGACAGGGGUGGGGGGAAGUCAACGCAGACUUAGUAGAAAAAGCUCUCGAGGCGGACGGCAUGGCUGGCAUUCACGAUCUCAUGGCGUCUCUCUCUGAAGCUCUCGCUGCAUGCCACACUCGCCUGCUCGCAGCCCACACUGCUGCCGAGCAUUUUCUUGUGGACAUGGAAAAAAGCAUUCCGCUGAAUGCUGCUGCUGACUGUGAGGAAGAAGAGAUAGAGAGCGUGGAGCAGGUGGAGCGGGCGGUGAGGGGGCGGUUUGGGGGGUUCCUGCGGACGGUGAGUGCGGAGCAUGUGGCCAAGCAUGCCAAGGGCAAGCUGCCCGAGGAAGCCACGGGGAAGCUUCUGUGCUGGUGGACCGAGCAUGUCAGCUGGCCGUAUCCCACUGAGCAGGAGAAGCUGCAGCUGAUGGGGCAGACGGGGCUGGACUCGCGGCAGGUGAACAACUGGUUUAUCAACCAGCGCAAGAGGCACUGGACCCAGCACAGCAAGCGGCAGCGCAAGGGCGUGUAA